UUCAAAGGAAGUGUGAAAGCGAAGGCCAGUCGCUUAUUCAUCAAGACAAUGCCUUCUAUUUCUCUGCUUCCCAAGAGCCACAACAAACCAGUGCCAGGUUUGAUGCGGUUCCUAUGCUUUCCCGUUUGCCUUGGUGUACUACUUCUCCUCUGCUUGCUGUAUUGCACGGACAUGACGAACAGUUGCCCGCCUCUUGUUGGCGUUGUUUCUCCAAGGGAAGUCACUGGAUAUCCAUUUGGUGACGGAAUCAAUAAAUUGAACAGUAAUGAUAAAUUCAACUCUUUGAUUAACUCAGAGAAAGGACCAGACAAUUCUCGUAACAAUGUACAUCAAAACCGUCGUCGAGCAAAAAAGUCGUUAAUUUCGCGUAGAUUGCAAGACUUCCGACACGAGUGGCUUCGUCAGCGCCGUGCACGGGUAGACUGGAAGAAUAUUAUUAAGCCUUGUGCUGACAAUAUGGCCUGGGGAUUAGUGAAGGAGCAUUGGGGUAAAACCAAUAGAAGCAACGCUACAACAAGUGACAUUAUAUUCCAAGAUAUCAGACCAGCGGGAGAGUUCAGCAAAAUUUUAAUCCAGUCAAAAACCUCAGACAAUCGAACGAAGUUGAUUGGUGGAGACACGUGGAGGGUUUACGUACGUGGUCCAACAAGCGUUGCGGCCACUGUUUUCGAUCACAAUAAUGGAACUUACGAAGCUCUAUUUCUCAUCACGGAGCCUGGUGUCUAUCAACUAAUGAUUUACCUUGAUUACAGUCUUUGUGAUGGCUUCAAAGACCCACCUCGCGAUUGGUUCAUCAUAGGCGACGUUCAGGGGGCCAACCACAGAAAUGGAACUUUAGGACCCUUAGACGAAUACUUGGUAAAGCAUGGACUUCGUACCUUAAACAUAACUGUGACUAAGGCUCAGCUAAAAGCCCCUCUUUCUGACAAACUUGAAGGACUUGCCUCCUGUUCUGAAACCUGCAAGUAUUUGUGGGAUGGAUUCGGUCAAUGGAAAACACGACGGUGGAUGCCAUAUCUUAAAGGUUGGGAAUGAGUUUUUGAGUCUUUCAAUUCUCACACAGGAGAUCUAGCGACGGUACAUCAGUCAAAACAAAUAAGGCGU